AGAAAUUAUACAUAUAUAUAUCUAUACACAAACACACACAUAUAACAUGUAUAAAACUAUAGCUUCCCACCCUAUCCCCCAGAGGUCCCACUCUGAAGGAGCCCAUUUGGGAUUUUCUAAAGCUCCUCACAGUAAACUUCCAUUAAAACUAAACUGGUCUUACUAGUUCCCAAACGGGAUAGAAACCACAAGGGGUCUUGGCAUUCACCUGGUCCAACUCCUUUAUUUUACAGGUGCAGACUCUUAAGGCUCUGAGCCUUUAGCUUACUUCCCCAAGAUCACACUAAUAGUAAGUAGCCGACUGGGAUUGAAAAACAGGCUCCUUGGAUCCACAUCCAUGGUGCUUCCUAUACGCUCUGCAUAUAGAGCCCUGCCUUUAUGCCCUCAUCCAAAUUCUACCUUUCCUCAAGACCCACAUUUAUUACAGAUAUUCACGGAUUAGAAUCCACAUUGCUUCCCAGUGGAUCCACAACCCCAUGCUACUCACCUCUAAACUGCUGGAACACUUUUUUUUUUUUUAAAACACCUUUUGUAUUUCAUAUUCUAUCAUCCAUACAUUUCAUGUAUGUAUCUUGACCCCAUCCUAUUCCCUACCCUAAGAGUGCAAGCUCCUGGGACAUGACACCCUAACUUCAAUUGUACUUUUCAGCACAGUGCCCAGUAGGACGCAAUCGACACCGCUUACCAUGGACUGAACUCCAGAAGGUCCAAGAACCACGGUUGGAGCAAGUAUCAGACAAGUUCAAAGAUGCCAAAUGCCGAACUUAAAAUAAUGGCGAGCCUUAUUAGCCAGCAUUUAGCGCUGAAGCCGGGAGUCACCCCGUAUAGGGUGUCCCGUGGUGAUCUUAGUCUUUUUCUGUUCAGAUCCCUUCUGUCCUGGCCGGAGCCCCUCGCCCCUCGCUCGGCCUCCCGGCUGCACUCUCUCCUGCUCCUCACAUCCUCCGAGCCAGUUGUGCCCCUGAAGGAAGGGAAGCCAGGACAGGAGGGCGGGCAGGGGAAAGUCAGAGGAAGCAGUGCGCACACCCUCUCAGGCAACACCAGGGUUUUAUCUUCCUGCCACCUCAUCUCGCCUGGACUUGCCCAAUUCCCGGUGCUCCCUAAGCUGAGGACGCUGCGCUCGCUGGUCAGGGCGCCACCCGGGGGGUUCGGAGCGAACGUGGCCUUGGCCCCGGUAGGCAACCCUCAGCGGCGCUGCAUCAGCCACAACCAAGCCGGACAUCCGGGCGGCACUACCGCCCCGCAGGACCCGCCGGGCCGGGAUCGAUCUGUGCGUGCCAGAUAAGUGUGUUCUUCUGUAUAUUAAAAGCACAUUUGAGUAAUGAGUGUGGUGAUUGAAUUGCCCCCAAAACUGGAAGAGGAAACCUUUGGAGGGGAAGAUGACAUGACAGAUGGAGAUCUAGGAAAUGGUCUUGGCAGAAAACCUGGUGGUAUUUAUGAAGCAGAAGAUUCAAAGGCAUCCAAUUCCAGAAUAGGAUCCUUUUCUUUAUCUCCAGGAAAGGGGGAAGAAAGCAACAGUACCAUUUUUCGUUAUUUCAAGCAUCAUAAUUCACAUGGCACAUCUUCCAAAAAUCAUGGAUUUGCAAGUUGUAAAAGACAAAAUAGUACUGAUUCUACUCAUUCAGAAUUAUCAAAUGAAGAAUUAAGACAACAACUUCAUGAUGUUUUACAGGAAGUAGAAAGUCUGAGAAUUGAACUUGAAGCAUCACAAAGACAACUAGAGGGAAAAAGGGAAGCACUUAAAAUUCUCCAAAGCAUGGCAAUAUUUAGUAAAGCUACUAACCAUACCAAAGAAAUACUUCAGAAAUCAGAAGAACAGAAGAAAUCUUUGGAAAAGGAAAUAAAUGCUCUGCAAUGGGAAAUUGAAUUUGAUCAUAAUAGAUUUAAAACUGUAGAGGAAUCUUGGGCCCAAAAAUAUGACAGAGUAUAUUGUGAAAAUUCAAUCCUUAAAGAAACACUGAAAUUAAGAACAGAAGAAGUUAAAAGGCUUAAGUCUGAAAAUGCAACUCUGAAUCAGCAGUGCCUGGAGUCUGUUGCAAUGCUUGAUAUAAAACAACAGAAGCUUGUUCAGGAAAACAUGAGCCUUAAAGGUGACCCUACGGAGGUUACAAGUCUGGAACUGGCAGUACUUGGGGCUUGCAUCUGUAACCAUCCUGGAGGACAACCUUGUUCCUGUGCUAAGACAGCUGCAGCUGCUAGAAAACAGCUUCUUCAGCAGAAGCAAGAGUUAGAAAUGUUAAGGAAGAGUAAAGAAGAAGCUUAUAUAAUGGCAGAUGCAUUCAGGAUUGCAUUUGAGCAACAAAUAAUGAGAAGAAAUGAGCAGACCCUGAGAUUUAUGCAAUUUAAUAAAAUAUGUAAAAAACCAACCAAAUGGCUAAACUGGAAACACCUUAAGGAUGAUGGAUUUGUGUUACAAAAGAAGAACUUUGGGCAGAAGGUAUUAAGUAUACUUGACGCCAAUUCUAAGAAAAUGGAAGAGCUGGACAAUCCUCAGGAAAUCUUUAGGAUCCUAGUAGAUUUGAAUGUACAAAGAAUCGAUUGCUUUUUACUUCAUGGGAUGGCAGGUUUAGUUCUGGAAGAGUCCUCAGAAAUCAUCUAAUUUCUCUUCCUCCUUUCAUACAUACGGAAACAAACGCAGAGAAAAGUGCACACAGUAAGGAACAGAACUCUGGUUUAUACUCAAGUUUUUGGACACCAGUCUUUUUUACUAUAUUACUGCUUCUUGAUGAUCUCAUUUGUAUAUUUUAUAUACCUCAGUGGCUCAAACAAAAUAGGUUCUCCUAAGAACUAUGGAGACUGAAUCCAGAUUGAAGCAUAUUAUUUUAAUCUUUUUUUGUUUGUUUUGUUUUGUUUUUUUCUUAUGGUUUUUCCCUUUUGUUCUGAUUUUUCUUUUCCAAGAUGAUUCAUAAGGAAAUAUGUUAAAAAUGAAUGUAUAACCUAAUAAAAAUUGUUCUUCUAAGUUAUAGCUUAGGGAUUUUAUUAUAUUAUUAUUAUAAGAAAUAGAAGUCAAUUCAUAUUCCAAGGAUAAGAAAAAGGUCUGGAUAAAAUUAUCCAAAAUAUUUUUUGGAGGGCUAGCUAAGAAUUGAAAACAAGUUGAUGCACAUCAACUGAGGAAUAACUAAACAAACUGGUAUAAGAAUGUAACCAAAUAUUACUAUGCUGUAAGAAAUGAUGUGUGUGAUGAAUACAGAGAAGUUUGGAAAGAUCUAUACUUAUAUAAUAAGAUUUAUUUGUGAAGAAUGAUGAAGUAAUAACUAAACUAAUUAAUGGAUUUUUCUCUUAUAGCAAAGUUUUUCAAAUCUCUGAAACUUUUUUACUGCUAGAUUUUAGUUUUGCAGGUUAUAAUCAAACCAAUAAAUUACCAUGUUAGAGAAGACUAAUUUUAGGUACAGACAGAUUUCAGGAGAUGAUAGAAGACAGAAAGCCUGGCAUGCUAUUACAUAGACUCAUAAUGAGUUGAACAUAAUUGAAAGACUGUUCAAUAUCAGACCUUAAACUAUAUUAUAAGGUGAGCAUUGUUGAAAUAUGAAAUGGUUAAUUUAUAUUACUUUAAAUUAAAAUUUUAUUGAAAAAAUAAAAACUAUGUAGUCAAAAAUAGAAAGAAUGAAGAAAAAUAAAAAAAAUGUUGCAUAGAUAAUCUCUCAUAUAGGAUGUGAUUGGGAUGGAAUAUGGCUAUGGUAUAGGAAAUGAUGAGCUGGUUUAUUUAGAAAAACAUGGAAAGAUUUGGACUUAUGAAUGUAGAUACUAUCCACUUUCAGAGAAACAGAUGACAAGUGCAAAUAAGUAUAGUAUAGUCUUACAUAUAUGUAUAUGAGUGUCUGUAUACAUAUGUAUGUUUAUGGAUAUCUAUGUAUAUGUAUAUAUACAUAUAUAUAUUCAUGCUUAAUUGUAGUCUUCUUUAGAGUGGGGAAAGAAAGGAAAAAUAAAUAAUAAGUGCACAACAAAGAACAAAGGAAAACCUACAAGGAAGUAAAGAAAAGCUGGGCAGCUUUAAAAACAAGGUCAUAUAUUUAUUAUAUAGGUUUUCUUGAAAUUGAAAUUUAUUGUUUUAUAUUGAAUUUUCCCAUGUUCUGCUAUAUAUGUGACAAUUGUUUUUUUCUUUUCUUAUUUUGUAUUUAAAUUUAAAAUAAAUAAAAAAUUACACCUCUCCAAAAACACCAAAAACAAAAAAUUAAGACUAGCUGAAGGAGAGGGAGAAGGAAGAAGACUAUCAAACAAGAAGAGGUAAUUGGGAUGAGGGGAAGGGAAGCCAGUGAGCCAUCUUAAAAGAAAGAUUAAAGUAAUUAAAGGAAAUAAUACUGUGUCUGCAGCAGAAGAAGGAACUUAAAACUGAAAAGCUUCUGAUUAGACAAUAAUAAUAUAUCUAGGAUUAGAAGGGAAUUGGUCAAAUAGAGAAAAUCUUUGUACAACUUUCUCUGAUAAGAGUUUGGUAUUCAAACUAUAUAAUCAAUUAAAUACAUAUAAAACUAACUAAUAAUCAUUCUCCCAAUGGGGGGGGGAGGGAAUGGUCAAAAGAUAUGAACAAUAGUUCUCAAAAGAAUUGCAUAGUUUUCACAAUGAUGUCAAAAAAAAAAAAAAGCUCCAAAUCACUAAUAAUAAGAGAAAUGUCAAUAAAAUAACCCUGUAUUUCAGCUCAUGCUCUGAAAAUUGACCCCAGAAAGUUAACAUUUAAUGUUGGAGGGGUUGUAGCAAGAUAGGUACACUAAUACAUUGUUGGUAGAGCUAUGAAAUGGUACAAUUAUUUGCAAAAGCAAUUUGGAAUUAUGCAAAUAAAAUGAUUAUAAUGUCUAUUCCUUUUGAACCAGAAACUGCAUUGCUGAGUUUAUAUUCCAAGGAAGCAAUGUUAGAAAGUCCCCAUAAAAUUAUCCCAAAUAUUUAUAACAGCAUUUUUUUAUAAUAGCUAGUGUUGAAAACAAAGUAGAUGUCCAUCAAUUGGGGAAUGAUUAAACAAAUUGUGGUGCAAGAA